AGUAUGGCUUUACUCUCCAGGAGUUUCAAUCCAUUCACCUUCCAAUCACAGGAAUGCUCGUGAGUAGUACGUCAUUGAUUAACACAUAAGUCUAGCGAAAAUGGCUGGCGUUACAAUGGUACGUGUUUUGAUGAGUUUUAUCAACUCAAGAUGUGCCAGACUUCAAUAGAAGUCAUUAAAAAUUAAAUAAAAUAAGAAGCAAGUGAAAUAAAUCAGAUGGAAUAUGAUAUAAUAUUUAAUAGUGAUAACUUACUCCAAAAGUGAUAAAAAAAUGUGGACGUUGCGAUAGGAAAUAUUGGACCUGUCAAGACACGCACAGACAGGCAGGGCUGCUAUUAGGAAACAAAUAAAUUCAUUACUCCAGUAUACUUAUAACGUGCCUAUGUGUUCCCUUAACACAUAUUGUGUUGGAUUGAUGCUUAAAAAGAUUAAGAAACAUGCACCUAUGGCGAAGAUUAAAGAAUGUGUGCAUCUGUGAAGAAAAGUCAUUUUAGCCAGCAGUCAAUUUUAUUGGUCUUUAAUCCAGUGCUAAUAGUAUCUUUAUACCCUUUAAUGUGAUUUCAACAUCUUUCAAAAGUAAAUAAGUGAUAAAAAAAAUUUAUUAUACACUAAAAUUAACGUUUUAGUUGCAUAUCGAUGUACUAGUGCUUCACGAAACCAAGACGAAGAGUCUCUAUUACAGAUUUGACUUCAUUAAAAAUUUAUCAACAGUUUAUUUACAAGCUUUUGAUCUUUACUAACGUGUUUCCGUAUAUUCAACCUACGUUUUUUAAUGUUUGUGAUGAUAAAUGUGUGAUUAAAAGUUAAUUGACUAAUUUAAAUAAACAUUUUGUUGCAUAUCUAUGUGCUAGUGGUGCUUAUAGACAACGGAAAAUCUUAAUUACAGAAUAACUAGUACAAAUCAUUUUAUAAUCAAUUUAUAGAGCAUUAAUCAACUAACGCAAUUUCAACUUUAUGUUUGUAUUUAGAUAAAUUUGUGAAGUGACGGAAAAAUAAAAAUCAACCAAAUAUUUUCGUUGCACUAUUGUGCUUUUUUAAUUUAGAAAAACGAAUUAAAAAAAUUCCAUAACGGAUUUUUUGAAUUGCUUCAAGUCAACGAAUUUUAGAGCAGUAAAAUGCUCGUGGGAUCGCAUAAGUAUGGGACAGCAUUUUGCUAGCUUCCGAGACUUCUUCAGGAUGGAUAACAAACAACAGUCUCCGGAAGCUUGUAAUAUAAAUAGUGAGGAUAAUAAGCCCGAUUGCGAUAUGUCAAGGCAAAAUAACGACAUUGAAAAUAUAGUCGAUAAUGAGAAUAACGGCAAUCUUGCCAAUAAUUCAAUAGUUGCCGAUGAGAAUAAACAAAUUCGGAAUAACAACGAACAACUGAACCUUGAAAAUCACAAUACCCGAUUUGAAUCGAUAUAUAGUCAACCAUUAGAUACCCAACAAGAAUCCAAACAAGUGUGUAAUAAUGGAAACUUCGUUACUGGAUCUGAAAAUGAAUUAAAACAACAGGAGCCUUGUUGCAGUAACUCUGGUAGCAAUAGUAGCAGCAGCUCAGAAGAUAGUUCAUUAGAUCCUGCCCUUAGAAGAACUUCCAAAACUUUAUCUUUUGGAAAACGAAAAAGUAAACAACGCAAUAAAGACCAAAGUCCAGUGUGCAAUCAUGUGUUAUCUUCAAAAAAGAAGCGUAGUAAUUGGGUUUUAAAAUUCAAUUGUGCCAAAAGUAAAGGUUCCAAAAAUACAGACAUGCCAGAUCAAGCAAAUAGUAGUACAGAAUGUGUCUGUACAGGAUACCGUAGCACUGAAGAGCAUCCUAUGGGAGCAGGAGUUGUAUUUAAUAAUAGAUCUAUUCCUCAAAGUCCUGUUCUCGGACCACUGCCACCUAGUCCAGUGAUAGACUUAUCACGAUUCAAUCCUGCAGAAUAUCCUAUGGAGGAUUGUGAUGAACGAGCGCGUCAACAGCGAGCCCGAGAAAUGGAGGAAGGUGUAGAGCCUCCACCGGGUUAUAGGCCUAAUUAUUCUUCCGCUAUUAAAGUUCCUCCUAAUGGGAUUACCAUUGACAGCCUAACUGCAUUAUUUCAAAGCCAUGCUGGAAUUCAAGCUGCUGCCCUUUCUGCUUUAUCUCAAAUGGAAAUUAACUUCCAUCCAAACAUCGAAAGACCAGCUCAUACACAGGUCGAUUAUGUUCAUUGCUUAGUACCAGAUCUCCGAUCCAUCACGGCUUGCUCUUUUUACUGGGGCAAAAUGGAUCGCUAUGAAGCAGAACGUUUACUUGAUGGUAAACAAGAAGGUACAUUUUUGUUAAGAGACUCAGCCCAAGAAGAAUUUUUAUUCUCAGUGAGUUUUCGUAAGUAUGGAAGAUCCCUUCAUGCAAGAAUAGAGCAGUGGAAUCAUAAAUUUAGUUUUGAUGCACAUGAUCCUGGAGUUUACGCUUCUGAAACGGUAUGUGGCUUAAUUGAACAUUACAAGGAUCCAUCUUGUUGUAUGUUUUUUGAGCCGAUGCUAACAAUUCCAUUGCAUCGUAACUUUGCUUUUCCUCUGCAACAUCUUUGCCGAGCUGUGAUCACUACAAGAACUACUUACGAUGGAAUAAAUAAACUACAGCUGCCAAAGACACUUAAAGCCUACCUGAAGGAAUACCAUUAUAAGCAAAGAAUACGCGUUAAAAUAUUGGAUAAUGAGAAUGAUGUAUUAGAUGGAAGAUCCAUAUCAUAUGUCCCAGUGAUUUAGUCUUUGUUUUUGCUUUGAUUAAUCAUACUACCUUACAUUGGCGUCAUCUUGACGUCUAUACAUUUCAAUAUUACUUCAAUUACGAUAUAAAUGUGCGAAUUCAUAGUUCCCGGAUAGACUUUGUUAUCAUAAUCCUAGCGGACUUUGUUAAUCUUUCAAUUCGGUAUUGUUGAGGGUACAAUUCAAUUGUCCGAGAGAAUUAGGAUUAGAAUGAAUACAACUUCUAAGUUUUUUUUUUUACUUCAUAGUAAACAAUAAAAAAAGUGAGCUUGGAGUAAAUAGGAUUAAAUCCUUAGCAAAUAAAAUAUUGUUCUUAUGUUUAUUAUUAACUCUUUUAGAAUCAAAAGAUUGUUUUAUGUCAUGAUGAAGAGAUGAAGGAGAGAAUUUAAGUAAGAUUAAUUUUGGAAUUAUGAUUAUUGUUAAAGAUAAAAGAUCAAUCAAUCAUAAAAUUGUCUUUGACAGUAUUGAAAAGUAAUUAAAUUUACUUUAGAUAAUUGAAAAUAUUUUAAAUGUCGCAAAAUUAAUCCGCAAUGAAUUUAAUUAAAUUCUUAAGUGUAAAUGAAAGACAAAAUUUUAAAUCGAAUAAUUUCUACUUAUAGUUUAUUGUACAAAUUGAUAAUUGUUGAGAUUUUUGUUAUAUAGAAUAUCGAUUUUAUUAUUUGAAAAUUAAAACUAAAAUUUUGCUAUUGCAGUAAAAACGAAUAUAUUUUACACAAUUUUUUAUAAUUUUGAAACAAAAAAUCUGGGCAUUAAUUGGAUUGCCCACACUACUAACUUCUCAUUUGGUGUCAUUAACAACUAGAAAGUAAAUUAUUACAGUAAACCUAAUUAGGUUAUUUCUAUAUAAUUACCUGUUGAAAAAAUUGAUUCGUAGUCUGUAUCAAGUUCGAAAAAAAGAUUCACAAACGUACGAAUGUAUACACACACACAGAUAUCACUGUAAAAACAACGCAUUACUGUUCUAGGAACCUUGGGACGUGGAGAUAUAUCAAAAUUAUUAGAUUAGAUGCAACUACUCUCCAAAUGGGAAGUUAAUAAUAGAAUUCAAUUAUGAAUAAUAUUCAAUUCUUAUGUAGGAUUAGGAUUUUUUUAUGUAAAUAUUUUUAUAUAUAAUUUGAAGAUAGAAAGUAUAUGUAAAAUUACAUAUAGGAAAAGUUAGUUUUAAAUUUAUUCGAUUUUACUAUCAAGCAGCAAAAUUUUAAUGAACAAUAUAACAUUCAUUUUCACUUAAGAUACUUGUAGUUUCUCUAUUAAUAAAUGAAAAUAGCGAUAUAUUAUUCAGAAAUAAUUCUUCCCAUUUACAAUAACGUGAUCAGUAAUUAUUACUCCUAUCGUGCCUAUUUCUAUUAUUGAAUAAUCACGUAUGAAUUGUCCAUGUUGGUGUUCAUCAUUGUUGGAAAGGUGAAUUUUGAAAAUUUUUUUAAAGAAUAAAUGCGACAAAAAUGAAAGAAAGCCUGUUAAUAGUCUUAAAAGCUACGUACAUUAAAUGAGUAUGAAUUGUAUCACAGUCGGAAUCGGAAUAUUGUGAAAAUACAAAAAUAAUUUGAUGUAAGGAAGUGGAAUGAAAUGAUUAAUAACUCAUUGUCAGUUAUUUAGGUAAUCAAACCUUUAAUUACCUAUUAAAAAAGAGCUUUUAUUUUUAUUGGAAAAAGAACGAGAAAAAAUUAAACUUAAUAGCCUGAGAAGUAAUAGAUGGGCAGCUAAUCUAAAUAAUUUUUUGGAAGAUUAUAGUGGAAUUAAACUGUUAUAUGUGAUUAUUAAUUUGUCGUUAAUUAUUUAACAUGCAUAAUAUAAAUAAAGAUUUAAUAUUUAUUAAUCAUGUAUAUUCUUACAUUCGGACCAACACACUGCAAUGUAUUUCAAUUUGAAAUUCAAUACGAAACGGACAGGAAAUAAAAAGGAUUGUUUCUCUUUGGAAAUAGUUCAAAAGAAUGAGAAGAUUAAAAAAUAAGCGAAUUGUUUAAAUGAUCAAAUUGAUAAUUCUAUUCCUGUUAUAAAAUUGUUGAUUACUUCAUAUAAAUUCAUUCACUGGCCCAAACUUAAGAAAAAAAGACUGAAAAACAAUUGAUUAUUGCCAAAAUAAAUUGUAUUUAGCGGGUUGAAAUGUAAACAUUACUAAUACUCUUAUUAAAUAAUGUAAUUGUAUUGUAAAUAAUUAACUUUAACGCAUCAUAAUCUCUUACAUACUUUGCCCAUGUGCACAAUAAAUAAUAAUCCAUGUUACAUGUAUAGUCAUUGGCGAAUCAAUAAACUUGUAGUCGUAGGCAAAACUACUGUGUAAUUAAAAAUGAACAUCAAUCCAAAAAGGAUUACGACAAAAAUAUCUAAAUGUAUUAUAGGAAAA